AUGAUGCUCUUUGGGCACACCUACUCAGUUGCAUCUCAUGGCUGGGUAGUCUCCAUGACAGGCAGUCACUAUCCAUUCUCCCAGGGAGGGACAUUUAGUUGCCUUCCACACCCCUCCAGUGUAAACAACACCGCUUUGAACAUCCUCGUACAUGCUUUCUGCGAGUGUCUCUGAAAAUGUCUUUGGGGCAUGUACACCAAGUGCAGAAGUGUCUACACCCAUUUUGCUGAAGUACCACCAGCCUGUGUUCCAGGACAGCUGACCCUGUCUACUCUUCCCUCCAGCAUCGCCUGAGGGUUCCCAUGACCAACCCCAUGUCCUCACCAAGCCUUAGUCUUAUUCAGCUGUCGAAGUUUCGCCCACCAGCCUGAUGAUGGGUGUAAAAUGAGACCUCACUGUAGUUUUCAUCUGAAGAGAGUUUAAGCAUCUUUUCAUAUCCUUUGCUUGUUUUCCUAUUGGGGUAGCUGCUUUUUUCACAUUGAUUUGCCAGAGUUCCACAUACAGUCAGUUAUGCUCUGACGCUACUUUUCAAAACUCAGAACUUAUUCCAGUGCGAUUGAUACAUUAGGGAUCAAUCUGAGGGCACAGCAAAUUUGACCUUUGCCUGCUUGUGAAUUCAUCCAUGACAAGGACUAAGUGAACCCAGAAAUUUGCACUCAGUUGAAAUGACCAUGUAGGCAUACAAAACACAUACACAUAUGCACCCUGAACACCAACCAGGCACCUCAGUUUCCCGCAUUUGUGAGGAGCCACACUCAUCCAUUUUUGGUGCUUGAACUUUCCAUCAGAUUUCAGAUAACUCUUUCCACCACCUAAUAGUAACUCACAAGGUACACUCCUGCUGACACCCACUUCUACAAGCAAACUUCAGGCCUUUUUCAAGGGGUGCAGAUCAGCUCUGAGGGCCUUAAAGGUCCGGUCCAGUUCUCCCUGUGUGGGCUCCUUCUGGCUCCCACAGCCCUACAACUUCCUACCCCCAGGAUGACGCGGCACGGCAAGAACUGCACAGCAGGGGCUGUCUACACCUACCAUGAGAAGAAGAAGGACACAGCGGCCUCAGGCUACGGGACCCAGAACAUUCGACUGAGCCGGGAUGCUGUCAAGGACUUCGACUGCUGCUGCCUCUCUCUGCAGCCCUGCCAUGACCCUGUUGUCACUCCAGAUGGCUACCUGUAUGAGCGUGAGGCAAUCCUGGAGUAUAUUUUGCACCAGAAGAAGGAGAUCGCUCGACAAAUGAAGGCCUAUGAGAAGCAGCGGGGUGCCCGCCGGGAAGAACAGAAAGAGCUGCAGCAAGCUGCCAUGAAAGACCAGGUGCGGGGAUUCCUGGAGAAGGAGGCAGCCAUCGUGAGCCGACCCCUCAACCCCUUCACACCCAAGACCGCCUCAGGGAUUGGCUCAGAUGACACCCAACCUGGUCCCAGCACAGGAGCCACAGGCAAAGACAAGGACAAAGCAUUGCCCAGCUUCUGGAUCCCAUCGCUGACCCCAGAGGCCAAAGCCACCAAGCUGGAGAAGCCAUCGCGCACUGUGACGUGCCCCAUGUCCGGAAAGCCUCUGCGCAUGUCAGACCUGACGCCUGUACAUUUCACGUUGCUCGACGGCUCCGUGGACCGUGUGGGGCUCAUCACACGAAGUGAGCGCUACGUGUGCGCUGUGACCCGUGACAGCCUGAGCAAUGCCACGCCAUGCGCCGUUCUGCGGCCCUCUGGGGCCGUAGUCACCCUUGAGUGUGUGGAGAAGUUGAUUCGGAAGGACAUGGUGGACCCUGUGAAUGGGGAGAAACUCACCGUCCGAGAUAUCAUCGUGCUGCAGCGGGGCGGCACGGGCUUCGCGGGCUCUGGAGUGAAACUGCAAGCAGAAAAGUCACGGCCAGUGAUGCAGGCCUGAGCGAACAGGAGACCAAAUAAAAGGGCUUGUAAGCGACUGGCUAUGCGGCACCUUCAUUCACUGCUGAAGCCCUGGGGACAUGGCUGGAGAGGAGGCCCCCCCACGCAGACAGCGUUCUGAUGGUGUGCUGAAAUGACUCGAGUUUGAAAGCGUGGGAUAAGAGUAUUUAAUGUGGUCUCACGUUAAGAGUAAAAUCUGAAUUGAAUGCAAAUGCACAGCGUUAAAAUUGGUUAAGUGGCCAGAGGUCAAAGCCUCAGCUGCCAUCAUAUGAAGGCACCACUUUAAAAUGCUAAGUAGUCCCCCUUCUCAACCUUUUGAGUUAUGCCAAGUUUGAAGCUGGUGAGAUGUCCAUGAACAUCUCUCCCAGAGUCAAGUAUGAGAACACACCUAAAGGAAAUAAUGUGCUGUGAGAGAGAGCAACAAGCAGCCAGUCUAGAGAAGGUGGCCAAACCCCCUCCCCCAAUACUUGCCUGCUGGAGGGUGAAGAGGAACAGGAAACCGCAAGUGCAAAGGCCAGGAGGCAGCAAAGCAGUAAAGUACUUGGCCCCUUUGAGGAGCAAAGCAAGGGGGGAGGGAGGGAGAGGAGGUCAGAGCCUGGUGGACCUCCCUUAAAGCUUUUUGUAUUUGGUUUAAUAACCACUGAAUCAAAAGCAUCCCUGUGCGGUGUGGAAAAUUAGAGCAUACAGUCAAGCAAAGAUUAAAAAAAUAAAGACAACAUUCCUGCCUCCUGGAGGAUACCUAGGUCCCGUCCUUCCAGGUCUUUCUCUGGGUGCUCACACAUGAUAUUUUUCAACCAAAGUGAGAUCUCAGUGCACAUACAAUCUCUUUUCAUUUCAGUGAAAGGUCUCAUCUAAGGACCAGGAAGUGUUCUUGACGGCUUUUUGGUGAAGCCCCUGUCUGGUGCAGACCGGUUGGUGAAUCUGGUUGCAGGGAAAUGUUUCAGUAGGAGGGCUGGUGGUGUCUUCUUCGCACCCUAGGGAGCCCCCCAAAUCCAGCAUUUGUUCCCCCAGACACUUCUACAAACUUCCCUUGGUCCCUAAGAGCCCACACACCCCGCUCUUGGGCCCCCAGUCCCUGGAAACUGGCCCACUUGCUGCCGACAUUCAAGGAGCCCUUGCCCUUUGGACCUGUCAAUCUGUGGUCCCCUUGAGUCCUUGCCACAGUCCUGGAACAGGGAUGCUUACAUCCAUUUCCCAGAACAGCCCACUGAGGCUCAGAAGACACAACUUACCCAAACUCCCAUGGCUCAAGGACAUAGCCCAAGCCAAGUCCACCCAGAGGUCAGCUACCUCCAGAGACCCCACACACACACCCCAGGCUUAGUCCUGCCCUUUCCACCAUUGUUUAUACCCUUUCUCCCCAGAUAUUCUCAUACUGUUACCCCACAAACCUCUCCAUAACCAGAGUUUCAAAUCAUCCCUCCUUCACUAAACACCCCCAAUUCUCACCCUCUUCCCCAAGCUCCCUCAACCACCCGAGUCCUAGUUUUUUCUCUCAGCCCCUCAAGGACUCCAAUCUUGUUCAUGUGUGAUACAGACCACCCACUCCCCACAAAAGUCUAGGAUGGUCCAUCUUGCACCUUGAUUUCCACAAGGAACCGAAAUCCCAUUGUUCUUUCACACGCCAGGCCCUUUGCAGAAAGGGCCUUUGUCAAGUUCUUCACUCCAAGAAAUAGGUUUCCUUUAAGGUUUCAAAGGUAAAAAGAAGAGGCAGCAAGAGCCCUACGCAAGAAAACGCGUAAAAGGAAAGGGAAACAAAUCUUGUCUUUUCUCAGCAGUCGUUCCCUAGGCACGGGCCUAAAGUUUAGAGCUAGAAGUGGGCAUGUUGGGGCUUAUCCUGGGUGGGGCAUGCCUGCCAACAGCUCCAGUCUCAAGUCCACAGGCAGCACUUUAAGACUAUUGCAAUUACUUAAUAUUUUUAAAUGGGGAGAUUUAUUCUGCAAAACAAAACUAUGAACAGGGAGAAAAUUCUUGGUUGCCAGGAGAGGGGGAGGGACUGACUACAAAGCAGGGGUAGCAUGAGAACUUGGAGAGGGGUGAUGAAACUUCUGUAUCUUGCUUGUAAUGGUGAUUACAUGACAUGUGGUAGUGCAGCAUCAGUUAUAAGAGAAA